AUGAGUUAUUAUUCGCCUAAAUUGAGAAAAUCUCCGCAAUCUACAGAGAUUAAUCCAACCAUUUCUACAACUAGUAGUAUUAAAAAUGAUUCGGCCAAGUUUUUAACUCCAAAUAGAACUAAUUCGAGACAUCACGAUCAAUAUUCAGAAGAAUAUAGUAAAGAACUUUCAAAAAUGCACAAACAAAUCAGUAUAUUAGGCGAAGAAAAUCAAAGACUUAACUUGGAAUUAGAUAACGCACGAAACCAAAAUGAAGCAUAUAAAAAUCAAGCUGAAAACAAAAUUCAAGCACUACAGUCAACAAAUGAACAAUUAAAUACAGAAUUAAGGCAAAAUAAAAAUUUAUAUAAUUCCGUUACAUUAGAAAACGAGAAAUUGAAGACAGAAUUAGACGAAAUACGCGAUUCUAUCUCAAAAAGUGAAGUGAAUUCGCCAAGUUAUAGCUUUAAGCGAGACUCUCCUCCAUCUUUAAAUAAAAUUCACAAUCUAGAAGAUAUGAAUAGAAAAUUAACAGCUACGAUUGUAUCAUUAAGAAAAGAAUUAUCAAUCGCUACAUCAAAUAAUGAGUUAUCAACCCAAUACAAUGAAUUGAAAUCUACAUUUAGUCCAAAGAGUCCAAAAGCAGCCAAUUCUACCAUAGAACAACUCUCACUACAAAUACAAAAACAAAAAGAAUAUAUUAAUGCAUCAAACAACCAUAUUAAAAAUCUAACUCAAAGAAUUACAGAACUGGAAAGUAUUCAAUCGUUGUCAGAGUCACACGAUCAAAUUUCUGAACUCAAAAAACAACUUAAUGAUUCAGUUGAGCUUAGAGAAUCUUUACUUCAUGAAGCAAAGGUUGUAACUGACAGACAAAAGCAAAAAUUGAAUGAUUUAACAGCGGAAAAUCAAAAAUUACAUGAUGAAAAUGAAGACUUAAGAAGUAAAUUGCAACUUUCAUCUCAAUCUGUCAAUGAAAAAAUGACAAAACAUAUAACAAGCAAUUUCGGAAUAGAUCCAGCUAUAGAAAAGGAAAUACAAAAUAAAACCAAAGAAAUUUCAGAAAUGAAAUUCUUAAUUUUACAAUUAUCAGAUAAAUUAGAAGCUUCUCGUAAAAAUGAAGAAAGUUUGAAGCAACAAUUAGAUGAAGCACAAGCUAAUUUUAGUGCAAGUUUACAGAAUGCCACAAAAACAGUAAGAAUUUGUCAAAAUGAACUCGAUUCAAUGAGAAUUCAGCUUCAAAAAACGGAAACAAUGACUGUAAAUGCAAGAAAUAAUGUUGAACAAAUGAUUACUUCAUUAAAGGAAACAUAUGGCCUGCCAUCCUUCUUAUUAGAUGAUGAAAUGACACAAAUAGUUAAGAUUCCAAAAUUAUUGGAUGAAACAUUUGCAGGUAAAGAUGAAAUCAUUGCAAAACUUCAAGCUCAAAUUCAAAAACUUAAUUCUGAUUCUAAUGAUGCAUUUUCGAAACAAAAUGAACUUAGCUUGUCUGUUACUAGUUUACAAUCAGUUAUAAAUGAUUUACAAAACGACAAAAAUGCUUUAACAAAAGAAAUUCAAGAUUUGAAAUUAGCUCAAGCGAAAGAAUUACAAGAACUCCAGGAAAAACUCAAUAAGUCACAAAUAGAAAAUGAAAAUUAUAAAGUAACUAUUAAGGAACUCCAAGAAAAACUAGUAGAAAGUCAAAAAUUAACUGAAAACCAAAAAUUCGACCAUGAAAAUGAAAAGAAAAUAACAGACCAGUACUUGGAGAAGCAAAGAGGUGAAAUUGAAACAUUGCAAAACAGUUUGAAACAAUAUAAUGAUGAUCAAACCAAACAACAAUCAAAGAUCCAGGAAUUGAACGAUACAAUCAAUGAUCUCCGGAAUAAAGCUGCGGAAAAGGAUACUUUGAUUAGCAAACUAACAAAAGAUCUUGAAAAUCAAAAAUCAAUUUCUUCAAAAACAAUUGAAAAUCUACAGAAGCAGCUUGAUGACAAUACAUCUCGUCUAACUACUGAAAUAUCCCAGAUCAAUUCUAAAGCUUCUUCAAAUGAACAAACUUUAAUGAAAAAUCUCAAAGAUUUAGAAGGAAAACUCAAUGAUGCAAAUAAACAAAUAGAUCAAGAAAAAUCAAAGAACACAGAUUUCCAGCGUAAAAUGAGUGAACUUCAAAAUAAUUUCGAAAAAGAUAAAAUGAAAUUCCAAAACGAGAUAGACAAGCUUGAAAAUAUGAAUCACAACAUUGAUGAUAAAGUUCGUAGUAUUCAAAAAGAAAAUGAAAAACUUAAGAUCGAAAAUAAUGAGUUAUCUAACACAAUCAAAUCAGAAAGAGAUGAAAAUCAUACUCGGAAAUCCAAGUUAAACGAUGAGAUAAAUCAAUUGAAACAGAAAUUGAUUGACCAGAAGAAGGAAAGCGAAAAUCAAUUAAAUUCUGAAUUGGAAAGGAUUAAAUCAAAUACACUUCAGUCCUUCCAAACAGAAAAGGAGAAUUCUAGGAAACUUGCUCGUCUUUUGAAAGAUUCUUACAAAGAUAAAGAAAAUCUUCAAAAUAAUUUUGAUCGGGAAAAGCAAGAGAAGGACAAAUUAACCAAUACAGUUGAAGAUAUGAAGAAAGUAAUCAAUAAAUUAGAGAAUGACUUAAAUUUGGAAAAGAAUAAAACUUAUAAGAUGCAAGUUAAGAUGGAUAUGGAACAAGUAUCAACCGAACAGUUAAAACAGAAGCUUAAAGAUACAGAAUCACAGUCACAAGACCAUAUAGCUAAGUUGAAGUCUAAAAUUUCCAAAUUGAAGACUAAUCUUUUGACUUUGACUAAUGAAAAGAGCAGACUUACAGCAGAUGCAGGCAAGGAAUCACUUCUACAGUCAAUGGACCAGCUUCAGAACUCUUUUGCCCAAGUUUCAGCUGAAAAUGAUAAAUUGAACACAAUUAAUGACAGUCUCAAGCAUAAAAUUGAUGAAUUAAAGGAAGAACAAAACUCUCUGAAGAAUAAUAACAAGAAUUUGUCUCAAGAAAUUUCAUCAUUAAAAGAUCAAGUUAAUUCUGCUAAUAGUAAGAUAAGGAAUUUGACUUCUGAGAAUGACAAACUCAAAUCAGAUAACUCUCGUCUUAAUAAUGAAGUAAAUGAAUGGAAAUUACAAUCUCAAACUUCAGAAGUCCAAAGUACAAUUCAGGUUCAAGCUGCAAAGAAAGCAUUUGAAGAUAUAAAGACUGAUAAGCUAUUCUUUGAGAACGAAUGCAAGAAAUUGAAAGAAGAAAAUGCAAAACUUCAAAAGUCAAUUGAAGAAACUGUUCCUUCCACGGAUUAUAAUACUUUAUUGGCAGAUUAUAACGAAUUUGUUAAAAAGAUGAAUGAUUCUGAUAAAAAUGUAAAUGAAAAAAUUGCAUCUAAAGAAAAAGAGCUUAAUGAGUCCAAAAAGUAUUACGAUCUUAAGCUUUCUGGAAAUGAGAAACUUAUUUCCGAGCUGCAAGAAGAUAAAGACAAAAAAGCCGAAGUUAUUAAGAAUUUACAAUCAAAAAUCACUGGUUUACAGGAUCAAAUCAAUUCGUUAACAAAUAGUAACUCUACAAUGUGUUCUGCAGCCGAGCGCGAUAGAGCAUUCAAGCUUGUUGAGCAAAUAGAAAAAGAAAACAAUGAGUUAAAAUUAAAUUUGGAAAAAAGUGAAGUAAUAAAUAAGGACAAGAAGCUAUUGAUAGAUGAUUUAACAAAGCAAAUGAAUGACAUACGUUUGGAACGUGAUAGACUUAGCCAGAACUUGUUUAAAGCUGAAAAUAACAUUAAAAUCAAAGAUUCCGAAAUCUCAUCUAAGAAUGAUGAGAUUUCAAGCUUGAAAUCACAGAUUAAGGAUAUAAUGUUUAAGAAUGAUAGCAAUGAUAAGUCUAACUCCAAGUUAAUUGAGAAAUUACAAAAUGAAAUCCAAAAUUUAUCAAAACAGAAUCAAAAGCUCCUUGAAGAAGAAAAUUCUGUCAAAAUAUGUUAUAAUAAACUUGAGAGUAUCCCGUCAACUACCAAUUUAUCCGAUAGACUUCAUAAAUUUAUAACAAUUUUGACAGAUAUGUUUCUGUCCAUGAAAAUGAAGCCACUUUCAUUUAUUCCAAGCUACAGACAACUCUCUAUUUUUACUUCUUCGGCAAUAAACAUACAGGAAGAUAAAAGGUUAAUAACGAAAAAUGAACGAUCGAUAGCGGCUCAAAUUUUAUGUGAAUUUUCGGAUGUAUCAACCGCAACAGGAUUUUCAGCCAAGACUGCUAUUGAAAGUUCUUUGGAUUCCCAGUUAAUGAUGAUCAAAAAGAGUAUUGAGCACCUUAAGAAGCUUUUAAAUGAUAGCCAAAGGAAAAUGAAGGAUAUGGCUGAAGUUGUGAGCUCUCAGCAUGAAACUGUUUUAAUGAUUAGCAAAUCUCCUCGUAACCUGGAACUCGUUAAAAUUUCACAGAAAAAUGUUGAAAUAUCAAAGACUUCACAUUGUUUAAAUGUUUGA